GUUCAACCGGUUAGAACACUAACGUGAGCCACUCAAAGUGUAUCAUUUUGUCAAACGAAGAGAAAGACACCGAUUUUCAAUAUCAUCGCCGUCUCGGAUGGCCGCCGCAUUAUCACCGUCAUUUACUCUCCGGCUAAAACCAUUAUCAACGAUCUGCUUCGUCUCCGCUUAUCGCCGAUCAAAGCCAUGGGACUUCACACUUAAUCCUAAAUCUUUAACCCCCUACCUUACCCAUCCGCAAAAGUUCGUCCGUUGCUGUUCUUUUCCAUCUGAAUUACCACGUAAAACAUCACCCUUUUCUCCAUCCGAACGCCGGUCUUUCAGUAACUUGGUUGCCGGAGCUCUUUCAUCCAGCGAGACAGUAGAGACUCCGGGGGUCAGUGAUAGAGUUGGCGAGUUCCGUAAAAGGUUGAAGAUUGUAGAUAUAAAGAGUGGGCCUGACGAGGGUUUGGACCGAUUGGGGCAGACUAUUGUUGUUAAAGGUUGGGUUCGGACACUUCGCGUUCAAAGCAGUGUCACAUUCGUUGAGGUUAAUGAUGGUUCAUGUCUUUCAAAUAUCCAAUGCGUUAUGAGCUCAGAAUCUGAAGGUUAUCAUCAGGUUGAGGAUGGCUUGCUUGCAACUGGUGCAUCUGUACGCAUACGAGGAACACUAGUACCUAGCCAGGGAUCGAAGCAGAAAGUUGAAUUGAAGGUGGAAAAGCUCGAAACGAUUGGUACAUGUGAUUCAUCCUUCCCCAUCCAAAAGAAAAGAGUCAGCAGAGAAUUCUUGAGAAGUAAGGCCCAUCUUCGUCCAAGAACAAACACUUUUGGUGCGGUUGCAAGGGUGAGGAAUGCUUUAUCCUAUGCUACACAUAAAUUUUUUCAAGAAAAUGGAUUUGUUUGGAUCUCAAGUCCUAUCAUUACUGCAUCAGAUUGUGAAGGAGCCGGUGAAAUGUUUUGUGUCACUACUUUGAUCCCCACCUCUCAAGAACAUGCUAAUAAUCCCAUUGAUGCUAUUCCUAAGACAAGUGAUGGUUUUGUGGAUUGGUCACAGGAUUUCUUUGGGAAGCGGGCUUUCUUAACGGUCUCAGGUCAGCUUAGUGCUGAAACAUAUGCUACUGCUCUUACAGAUGUUUAUACAUUUGGACCCACCUUCAGAGCGGAAAAUUCCAACACUGCCAGACAUUUGGCUGAAUUCUGGAUGAUUGAACCUGAACUUGCAUUUGCUGAUCUUAAUGAUGACAUGGCCUGUGCCACUGCCUAUCUCCAGUAUGUAGUGAAAUAUAUCUUAGAAAACUGCAAGGAGGACAUGGAAUUUUUCGAUACUUGGAUUGAGAAGGGAAUUAUCAACCGACUAAACGAUGUUGUAGAGAAGAAGUUUGUGCAGUUGACAUAUACAGAUGCCGUUGAACUACUCUUAAAAGCAAAUAAAAAAUUUGAAUUUCCGGUGAAAUGGGGAUGUGACUUGCAAAGCGAGCAUGAACGCUAUAUAACUGAACAAGCUUUCAAAGGAUGUCCAGUUAUAAUAAGAGAUUACCCCAAGGACAUAAAGGCAUUUUAUAUGAGGGAAAACGAUGAUGGGAAGACAGUAGCCGCCAUGGAUUUGUUGGUUCCUCGGAUUGGUGAGCUUAUUGGUGGAAGCCAAAGAGAAGAACGAUUAGGAUAUCUGGAAAAUCGACUGGAUGAAUUAAAGCUUGAUAAAGAAAACUAUUGGUGGUAUCUGGAUUUGCGGAGAUAUGGUUCAGUUCCUCAUGCAGGAUUUGGAUUGGGAUUUGAAAGACUUGUGCAAUUUGCAACAGGUAUAGAGAAUAUAAGAGAUGCAAUACCAUUCCCUCGUGCACCCGGUUCAGCUGAAUUUUAAUGUAAAUGACGAUCAUUUGCCCCGGUUAUGCACCUGGUUCAACUGCCCUAACCCUUCGGUUAAUGACAUUUGAUUUAUAUAUGAUUUUGUUUUAAGAUGAAUAAUGACAUUUAUAUUUGAUUUGAUUUGAUUUUUUCCCAUGAAUGGAAAACUAAUCAUGUGCCAAUUACAAGUUUUGGAAGAGAAGUUUUGGUU